AUGUCUCUCUACGCUCGUCCUUUCAACCCUAGCAAUGUUGCCACCGGACUCCUGCAAGUCAUUCCCCAGGAAAACCUCGACUUUCUAUACAGUUGUCUUGACAUUCACCCCAAGUACAACGAGAUAAUCUUGAAACUGGCCGAUAUAAUCCAAAAGGCUAGCCAUAUAUAUCAUGUUAGAGUUGUAGAUGCCCCGGAAGAUACCAUUGCGCGUCUAGUUCACGACUUUCUUGCAGAAACAAGUUCAUUUAAUGCCGCAUCGCCUGGGGGACAUAUACUGAUUUGGCCCUUUUUCAUCGUCGGAACUGAGUGCAGCUCACCGACCGACCGGGAUUUUGUGGUGUCACAACUAAGGAUGCUCUGGGGCUAUACUGGAUUUGGAAAUACACUUUAUGCGAUCAAGAUUCUCAAAAAAAUAUGGCAAGAGAACGGCAAAACAAAGUCAGGCACUCAUGUGUUCGAUAAGGUGAAAGGAUUUAUCAUGUAA